UGACGUUGUCCUUCCAGAUUACGACGACCGUAAAUGUUGCAUUAUUAGUAGCACACAAGCCGUGCCGCAUUGUACUCGUCGGGAAACCCAGCCAUCGCAUCAUAUCAGGAACAAUGAAUGUGCAUCAUGAAAUAGACUUGCUGGUGCAGGAGAUUGAGCGACUUGGCAACAAAAAUGCUGCAGGUCAAACGAGCGUGAAGUUCGGAGUGCUGUUUAACGACGACCGCUGUGCCAACAUCUUCGAGGCGCUGGUGGGCACCCUGAGGGCGGCCAAGAAGAGGAAGGUCGUCUCCUUCCAGAAUGAGAUGCUUCUGCAGGGCGUUCAUGACGACGUGGACAUCGUUCUGCUCAAAGAAUGAGGCGACCUCUGCAGCUGACCCGGACCAAAAAGAAUAGAAACAACUGUAGCUUAACGCCAUAUAACGUCAUAUUUCCCUUCACUUUGAUGAAUUUUUUGAAAUUCAGUGCCAAACAAAAACAAGUUUUAUUUUCCUCGAACAAAGCACACUGUCAAGUUUAAAAGUAAACCACUGGAGUUUUUAAUAGAAGUGAGUCAAUGCUACGACUAACUCUAUUGUUAGUUAACAUAACUUGAAAGGAUGUAACAAUAAACGGUAUUAGUGAUAACCGUUUUAAAUAGAAAUUAGCGAAAAAACGCGAUUCACUGACUGGCGCCAGGUUGGUAGCUUACAUGCUAACAUGACAACAAGAGGCAUUAACGUCUUUCUCCAUUAAGAAAAGACGUACCCCAACUUUUCUAAACACAUUGCUGUUUGAGCAACUGAGACAUUCCAUUGUGCACAUUGAAACUACAAUUUGUUAGGACAGAGGAAUAUGAGACCCGAGGUGUUUUUACGGUGUAUUCAAGGACCGCUGAACAGAGUAGAACGCCACAACGCCCGCCAGAAAUAUUAAUAACAGAUUGUAUUUGCUACGCACUUUUUAUUUAAUUAAAUUUAAAAACAAUUUUCAAAACAAUGAGAGUAGCCGUUAAAACCAAUAAAAUUCUAAUACUAAAACGAUGUCAGUGAAGCAGAAGAAACAAAAAAAACACAAAAUAGUGUCUUUUCUAAAUAAGAAACUUGGUCAAUAGAUUUCAGUGUGUUUGGAAGUACUUUUUGGAAACAAAUACAACAAUAUCCCAGUAAUAAUGAGAACCGUGGUCAUUUUGGUCCCGAUAUCCGUGAUAUGAAAUGUACAUAUCGCCGCAUCCCUACACGCUCGCAAGCUUUUAAUACGUCAACUGUCGCCAGGGUUGCUAUCAAAAUUGCGCCGUGUUUUUAGAUUGACAAAAUAAACAAAACGCUCAGGUUGAAUUCCAUCAAAACAUUUUUUUUUGCGUUAGCAUAGUGUGCUAGCUCAAAUGUCCCAGGUCGUUGUUGAUGAUAUCACACCAACUUUGACUUUUUUAUUCGAAGGUACACAAGGUGAGACCUGGAUUCAAGCGACUAUUUUAUAGUUUACGAGUCCAAUGCACUACCUCUCGACUUUUUUAGUGAUCAAUUCAAAACAUUUCUAAAAACAAGCGCAGUUCAACAGGACAUUUGCACCUUUUUACGCAUUCUUUUUUUUUUUUAAUCCCAUCUUUUUAUACACCUUUUUUUGGUUUUCUUGCCAAGCAAACACCAAAACGUGUCUUUGUAGUAUCUUAUCGGACAGAGCAUUUCUACUGGACAUAGUUUGUAGUGCAAUAUUUGGGUAAAGUAAGGGUAUUUAUUACAUAGGGGGAGUGGUGCCAAAAUCAGUUCUUACUUCUUCUCAGGACCACACUUGCUAAAUGAAUUAGUUGAAUUUACCACUGUUUAUUUUGUACUGUAGCCCUAAUGAUGCUUGCAGAUCAGACAUGAUUGCUUUGUUUAGUUAACGCAAAACAUAUAAAAACAAAUACAUUAUGCCUGGUGUGCAGGUUCAAUGAGGCACAUCUCCUGCUGUCAUGUCAACCCUGGUGGAUCUAUUAUUAUUUUUGUGUAAAACAUUUACCGGCCUUGUAAUUUAGUUUUCAAAACCGUUGUAGUUGCGCAGUUUAUCGGAACUGUUUCAGUGAAUGGAUCGCAUUGUAGUAAGAAACUACACAAGCGUGGAUAAUAGGAAAUGACGGUUAUUAUUUGAUAAUGUAGCUUCGAUCACUUUGUGGUACAAGACGUGUACAGACUGAGCGAGAGCAGCACAAAUACCUCAAGCUGUUUACACUUUUGUCACAUGUCCGUGAACUGGUGCGCAACGCCUGCAUUUGCUGUAUUCGUGCCAUUACUGUCUUUUGUAUUGCCAAUAACACAUGUCUGCAUUCCAAUAAAUAGUAUCUUUACAGUUGA